AUAUUUGCGCGUGUUUUAAUAUAUAUGAUGAAUAUUCACUGCUGCCCCAAGUGGACAUCAGUUGGAGCCAAGAAGUAAUUAUUAAGGGUUAUCUCCGAUGGCUUUUUCAGCUUUUUCUUCUAUUUAUACCUCAAAAAUCUUAUUUGUAACCGAAAAGUAAUCAUUACAAUGACUAUUUAUGGCAAAUUUAAAGUACAGUUAACUCAUUUUUAAGCAUUGCUUAUUCUGCAUUCCAGAAUAUAGAUUUUUAGUUUUUGUGUAGAAACGUAUUUUUAUAUGAUGGGUGAUUUAUAUUGAAUGUUUCAAUGUUUGCAUCAAUUCUGCAACUUUGUGUCUUAAAAUUUGUUGCCAUAAUAAUUAUCGUUGUCUCUUAUACAACAACACACACAAUCGAUAAUGGUAAACGUGCCAUAAAAUUAAGUGUAAUACAUGGUAUUUUAGUUACUUAAGACGAUAUAUUGGUCAUACGAUUAUAUAGGGUAGUUUGUUUACUUUUUAAACCUUUUUAUCAGGGCGAAUAGGCAGUCAAAGAAGGACUUUGUUUAUUAACUGAUUAUUUUAUUCAUUAUUAGCUUGUGUGAGUGAUCUGCAAACUCUUUUGUAGGAAAAAAUUGAAUUCGAAAUGUUGAAAGCUAUUACUUUUGAAAUGGAUGGUAAAAAGUCAUCGGCGAUAUAUAAAAGUGGUGGUACACUGGGAAUAAAACACAUAGAGUUCGUUGAAAACGUCAUAAAAAUGCAUGAUAAAUUAAUUUAUUGCCUGUUUACAAACUGCUUGUUAAUGUCAUUGUAAUGUAUGCGAAUCUUUGGCUUUACGCAGCUAUAACAAAGUACCAGACAGUAAUGCUUAUUACUGUUCAGCUAAAGGCAGUGAUGUUAAUAACUAGAAGGUCUUCACGUUGUGUUUGUUCAAUGGACUUCGUUUUGCACUAACAAAAGUUGUUUAUGGGCUACAAACUUUCAGGAUAUCUCCGUACAAAAUUGAUACCUGAAACAAUAAUCAUUACAGUUUAGAUUUUAUUAAUAACACUGCUAAACCAAUGUGCUCAUAGGAAUUUAAUGUAAAUGACACUUGAAAAAAUGGCUUAUGCGUUUUUUAUUUGUAUUUCGUUAACUCCAAAUUCUGUGUGGGCACUAUAAAAUCGUUCGAGACAAGUGCUACGAUGUUGCGCUUAAUAGUAAAGGAUAUAUUUUUUUUUCAAUUAGACUAAUCUGUCUUUUGCUGUGCAUAUCAGUAGCUUGCUUGAUCACUUAUCGAGUACAUGUUUGGUUAAAGCAUUACGACAGUUUGGCAUCAAAAAUGAUUAUUUCAGCUUAUGAGGAUCAUCAAAGUAAUUUGCCAUUUCCUUUGAUCAGUAUCUGUAAUAUUAAUCCAGCAAGGUAAGUGGAUUUGUUUCUGUAAAUGCCAUAAAAUAAUUUGAGAUUUAAAUGAGCGAUCUGAAUAAACCCUACACAGAAGUUGCUUCACACUUAAAUAAUACCUGAUACUAAAUAAUUUUUAAAUGUUCUCAAAAACUGCCAGAAAAUAAUAGACUUCCCUUAAGUUUACAAAGAAACACUCUAAUAUCACAUAAGAAGCAAGAAUACAGUGAGUAUAAUAGACAAAAUUAAUCUUUUUGAUAGCCGAGUGCUAGAAGUAUUCAUAGAUCAGUCGUGAUAUGUAAAGCUUUGCAGCAAUUUUGACAGCGAGGCAAAACAGUUCUUAUAAGACCUAACUUUUUAGUUAUUAAACGCUGAAAACAAAUGACUGAAAUUAUCCGCAAAGCUUAAACGUGGAACUAUAUGAAUGAUCGUGAGGUUCUAUGACAGUGUUUGUCAUUGUAAGGAGUACCUCAGAAGUGCACAAACCUUAUACACGCUCUCUACUUAAACUCAGCUGGUCGAGUGAGAGCUUAUGACGAACUAUCAUCACAAUUGACUACCUCCAGUGGUGUUCGUCAAGGUAGUCCACUCUCUCCAUUCUUGUUUAACUUUGUCGUUGAAGUGCUUUUAGAGGUUACAUUUUCUUCAUCUAAAUUUUUAGGAGUUGAACACUUACCGGGAGAUUCAAUUGUUGACUUAGAAUAAACCGAUGAUAUAGUUUUUUUGGUGAAGACGCUGACAAAUUGUAGAGUCCUCUGACCAUCAUAAGUAACGAUGCAAACAUGUUCGGGAUGCGAUUCUUCCCCUCGAAAUGCAAAAUGCUACCUCAGGAUUGGGCUGCAUCGAUACCUGAAUUAAUGAUAAGGAGUGAAGUAGUUGAGCGUGUCGACCGCUUCACUUCUCUUGGAAGUCUCAUCAGCCCUCGUGGUCUGGUGUGUGACGAAAUCUCAGUACGGAUACAGAAGGCUCGACUAGCUUUUACCAACUUGCGUCACUUAUGGCGUGGGCAAGAUAUCCAUCUAUCAACCAAAGGACGGGUUUACUGUGCAGCAGUUCGUUCCGUCCUGCAUUAUGGCAGUGAAACAUGGCCGGUAAGAGUAGAGGAUAUUUGUGGGUUACUAGUAUUUGAUCAUAGGUGUCUUCGAAACAUUGGUCUUAUAUCCUGGGACCACUGAGUAAGUAAUGCAGUUGUUAGGAAACGGGUACUAGGUAAGGAUGGCAAAUCAAUUGAUGAAGUAGUGAAACUUCAUCAGUUGAGAUGGCUGGGACAUGUGUUACGUAUGCCCAACCACUGACUACCACGACGUGCGAUGUUUUAUGAUGUAGGAUCAGAUUAGAAGAAAACAAAGUGCGGCCAGUCCAAAACAUGGCACAAGUCCAUGAAGUCACUGACAAGUGGACUGAGCCACGUUGCUAGGUUUAGACUACCUGGUUGGGAUCCGCGAGAUGAUAGAAACCGAUGGUUAGAAACCUUGAAUGACAUGGCUCAAAAUCGUUUAUUAUGGCUCAGAUGCAUCCACUCUUGUAGUGAAGCAGAACACAGUUGAGGACAACCGAAUCAUAUUUUGCACAACAUUACAGAGUUAAUUGGUAAAAUAGAAAAAACAGUAAUAUAAUAUCUAAUUUGCAAAAUGUUCAAUAAUUGUCUCGGACUUUAUUGCUCUUAGAUUUCUAUCCCCGUUCUUCCUUUCCUGAUCUUCCAAAUCUUCUGCUUCCAGACAUUACAUUCCUGACUCGCGUUAUAUACUACUUAUGUCAAUAUAAGUAGCACGCACCACACUCUUUGUGUUCCUGGAAAUUCUAAUCUUCUGAACUUUUCAUGUUCCUUUUUUCCUCUUUCCAAAUUUAUUUCACGAGAUUAUGCUCCUUGAAUAACAAACUCAAUCCCUAAUCUUUCCAAUUACUGCUUAUACUGUUACCGCCUCUACCACUACAAGAUUUGAAUUGAAAAUUGUGUCUCUGUGCUAAUGUGGUAUGGCAACUUGAACUGAUGUACGUAUGUAUGAAGUUCUACGUUGUUGCUGACUGACUGAUAUGGUUGAAAGCAUGACCACUUAUUAAAAGGUUAAAAAUGUAGUUCCUUGGGUUUUUUGAAUGAUAUAAAGUAAUGAGUUAUCAUUGAUACAUUGAUCGUUGUUAGAACUGUAUUUUUAGUGAAUAUGUUGCUUUAUGUUUGUGAAAGAAUAAAUUAUUUUUAAUGUUGCCAGAAAAGCCACUGAAAGUUGAUCAAACUUCUAAUCUUUAUGCUCUGUACAAAAGAAAAUGAGGACUAUAUCUGUGUACCAGAUCUACACAUUAAUCUUUCGUGUGCUUUCCAAUAACACGAUGCAUCGCAAAUGUUUCGAUAACUUUUAUAAAUGAACUGGUGAUGACUGGUUUCGUAAGUAUGCAACAGUCAGUUCUCAAGCACGUAAAAUUUAUGUAUCCUAAAAUAGGAUUUAUAACUAAUGUACGCUGAUGAUCCAAAUGCAAGACUGAUUUAAAACAACAAAUAUGGCGGCUUGGUUGUUUAUCAAGUAUUUUAUGAAAUUUUCAGCAUUAUAGAAUUUACUCGCCUCUAAAUGAUAACUUUUUCAUAAACCUAAUGUAUAAACUGGGUUCUGUAAAAAAUGUUCUAAUGGUUCUUUCUAACAUUAAAUUACAUCUUUUUAAUUAAGGGGAACUAAACUGUACAAUAUUCAGUCAGCUGAGUCUCAGGAUCGUGGUGUUGAUUAUGAAAUUUUCUCGGAUGCUUUUCAAGGACGUUCAAGUGAAAACCUCCCGGAAAGCAAACUUAAAGUGCCAAUUUUCAAGCUCAUGGAGAAAGCAUCUCAUCAGAUAGAUCAAAUGUUAAGAAGGUAAAGUAUGUCGAAGCAUAAACGAUAGCCAAUAGAUAAGUGUCCACUACUGUAAUCAACUUUCUCGUUCCCAAAUAUACUAUAAUUAUUGACGAUAUCGUAUGUAUAAUAUGUAUAAUAUGUACUAUGGAACACAAAUUUUGGCAUUAUAAUUCUUCGAAAUUAUUUCAUGUGAUAUACACUGGAUCUUAAAGAGUUUUAUUUAUUAUAAACCUUUUCUGGUAGAUGAUUAUGUCAGAACGUUUUUGAUGAGUGGUUAAACAAACUCAACUGUAGUGGUUUUUUAGUUCAGUCGAAUUAUUGUUCUGGUGGAAAUAUAUUGGUGAUAUUUUCCAAAGCGAAGCGAGACUAAUUAUAAAUAGACAGUCCUUCCAGUGGAUAAAAGCAAACUUUUCCAGCUAAUUUAGAUGACUCUUCAUCGUAUAAAGUACCAAUAAUUAUAUUUUGUGACCUUUUUGAGACACGUUGAAAUUAUUUAACAAGGGUGUAUUAACACAUCCAAAGUCAUCACAUCGUAAACAUUAAAGAUCUAUAGCAUCAUAGUUAAAAUACAAGUUAAUGAAGCCAAGAACAACAAAUGUAACGAGAAAAAAGCUACAGACAGCACUAAAAAAGUAAAUAUCACUGAUCGUCACUGUUUUAGAAGGGCUUUAUUUAUUAUUUUAUUUUUGAAGGGCUUUGAUCGCAUAAUCGAAUAUACCCAUGAACCAUUAUAAUGACACUUAGGUGGUUUAGUAAAUCUUUAAAUUUGCAUUAGCUUUGCUUCUUGACUUGCUUUAAUAUAUGUUCGGAAAUCAAAAUAUAUUUUGACUAUUUAAAAAAAUAUGGUCAAGGUAAUAAUAAUGGGUAAUAAAGUGAGUUAAAUAUUAGACUUGAUUUGAAGGGAAUGAAAUGAAAAUUUAUUCAUUAUAAUGACAUGGCCUACAUCGUUUAAAGAAGGAAAUUUGACUUGGUUAUUGUUAAGACCAAUUAAAUUUUGUUCGUGUAUUUCUCACUUGUUUUAUAAAAUUACUUUCCUGAAGGAUUUGAACAAUUUCUAUGACUUAAGACAAUUGAAUUCUACUGCACAGCAAGUGGACAUACACAUAUAUACAUAUCCAUAUACGUAUUCAAUAAUGGUUUUGAAAUCCUAUUACAACAAUUCCUUCUAUUCUACAGGAACAUUUAUUUGAUUUCUAAAAUGAUCACACGUUACACUUGUUCUCUGAAUCAAAUGAUCUAAUUUUGGGCAUCAAAAAUUUAGUAUUGUAAAAUUUUAUCUCCGUUGAAAGCAUAUAGGAAAGGAAGAAUGUGGAGCACUUUGUCUGCUAUUUAACGAACUUUAAUCAUUGACUGUGAAGCAUUUACCUUUUUGUAAUGCUAAUAGUCGUACUUAUUAGGUUAUUAAUAUUUUUGAGUUAUAGGGAAAAACUUUGAACACGACCAGUACUACCAAAAAGUACCAUAUUAAAAUAAAACAUAAAUGUUUAAAGGAUGAUUGUGUCUUCAUAUUAUUCGGAUACAUGGAAAAUUUUGUUUUGCAGGAAGUCAUAGAAAUGAUAUAGGGUAAACAAUAUGGUUAUUAGUAUUUUGUUCACUCGCCAAAUCGAUUAUGAAGUGUUUGUGCAUGUCGCAUUAAUGGUUUUUUGAGAUGAUAUGGUAUAAGUCGGUAAUUUUUUUAAUUCGGCCAUAUAUAUAAUCAUUAUUAUUAUUCACGUUAAACUGAGGUAUAUAUGCUGGUUUAGCGAUAUCUGUCGAGACAGUCUUAACUACAAAAGCUAAACAGAUAUUUUGUAAGACAUUUUGCAUUGUAUAUAUCAAAUAACACUAAAAAGGCUUUCUUAUUUACAUAUUUUAAGUUGUCUAGAGUUUUGAACUUUCAUGCAUGCAGUCCUGUGUCUAUCUUUUAUUCCUGCGGUCAUAUUUAACAACAAAUACUUAGAAUCUCUAUGAAUCCGAGAUUCUCAGGCUUUACUAUUAUUAAAAAAAUGAAAAAUUCAAUGCUGAGUAUCAUUAUGUUCUGGUAAAGUGCUCGCAAUUAUUUAUUUAUUUGUUAACAUACUGAAAUUUUGGGUCGGAUUAAGUUUUUCAGUCUUAAGUGCAUAUAGAUCGGUUUUAAUUACUUCAAGUCAGAAUUUUAAGUUGCGAUAAUGUAAUGAGGAGACGAAGGUUAUCAGGGUUGUAAUAUAUUCGAAUCAGAUAGCCUCGUGUUGAAAUGGAGAUUUAAAUUAGCCAUCGAUAGGACAUUUUAUGCAACCCAACUCGUCAUUAUUCAAAAAGCAAGGUUUAUGUUUCACCAAAAACCCAAACAGAACGUAAGCGAUUGUGUCUAUAAAUUUACAUAUAUGUGCGUACAUAGGGGGGAGCGAUUUGUUCUUACUCUUAACCUACCCUGAUAAUACUGAUUUAUUAUCCAGCAUGGUUUUCUCAUUGUUUUUAUGUACAUUAUUAUUCUUUGUUUCCACUUAGCAUUUAGUUUGUCUGGUUGACCUUUUAUUUUUCAUAUAAAAAUGUCCUAACAAGUCUAUAUGUGAUCAGAUUGUUCGGAAUGUAUUGCGUAGAUAAACUACAUAAUCCUGAUAACCUUCGUCUUCUCAUUGCAUUAUCGAAAGUUGUCAAAAUGACUAGUUGUUUCAAAUUUUUUAACAAACAAGAGAACUAACAAUAUAGUUUUGGAGAUUGUUAAGUUUUGGUCGGGAUCAUAAGUCGAUUGAUGUUAGACCAACAUUGAGAACCUGGAAGCAUUGGAAGGCCGUUUCGUUCUAGUAAGGGGCUGCUCAGUAGUGCAUAUUCACGAUCCCACCGGCGGGGAUCGAACUCAGAGCCCUCGGUCGCGCACGAGAAUGCCUAAUCUCUAGAACACUGAGCCGGGAUCCAUCUGUGUUAAUGUCUAACUCAAACUAAUCCACGAUAUUGCGUAGCCAUCUUCCAUUGUCGUCUAGUGCUUCCAGGCUUUCAGUGGUGGUCUAACAUUGAUGGAUUCAUGAUUUCAGCCAAAAUAAAAUAAUUAUUAUUGAAUUAAAGGUUAUUUAAAAGAAACUUAAAUCUUGGUAAGCUCUUUUUUCAACGGUCUUAGAAUAAUCUUGUAUAAAGUAUUUAGUCACUUGGAUACUGUUCAUAUACGUUUUUCUAUUAUUAAAAGUUGUUACAUAAAUAAAUCAUAAAUAAGCAUCUAUAAAGUUAAUGUAUAUUAUCGUUUCAAUUAGCUGUAAAGUUGGUCAAAGACAUUGUUCCGUACUGAAUUUUACAAAGAGCAUUCUACCGAAUGGCGCUUGUUAUACGCUAGCUGGCGAUUUAACCGGCAUAGACGAAAUUCAAUUAGUGUUAGAUCCACAAAGUUAUGAUUAUUUGGUACCGAAUCAAGGAUUUAUUGGCUUUCGCAUUUUACUACAUGGAUAUGGUGAUUCCUUAUGGGCAUUAAUACCAACUGCUGUUUAUGCUGGUCCAACAUUUCAUACUAUGUUACGUGCAGUUGGCCUUAAAAAGAUUUAUAAACAACAUUGUACAAGUCAAUCAAUCUGGGCUAGCUGUAUGCAUGAUUGCAUGCAAGAAAUGUUAUUAGAAAAAUGUCAUUGUCAAUUGCCAGAUUGUACUGUUUUUGAAAUGAUGAAAUGUGGAUUAACUAUGAAUUCAAUGAUCGAAUCUCUAUCACCAGUUCAAUGUCGAUGUCAUAAUCCCUGUGAAGCGAUAUCUUAUUCGGUAGAAUCCAUAACACAAGCAUUGAAAUCCCCAUUAUUAUUUACACAUUCUCUAAGUCUAUUUACUAAAAUAAAUCAAACCAACUUUCAAUCAAACAAUAAUUUUCAACUACUUACUGAUCAACAACAAUUUAAUAACAAAAUUAUAUCGAAAAACCAAAAAUUGACAACUGUUUCUGAUGACAUUAGUGAUUAUGAUCCUAAUAACAAUAAUCAUAAAAACUCUAAAGAAUUGAAUAUAAAUCAAUCGGAACAAUUUCUGCAUAUUUACAGAAAAGAGAUUUGGGAUGGCUUACUCCUUCAAACAUGGGCAUUUCUACGCGAAGCUAAUCGUACAGCAUUUGAACAGUUAAGACAACUUUCUCGUCUUUUACAAAGUUUAAAUUUGGAUUUACAGACAGUAGAACGUACAGUUUAUAAAGUUCAUAGAAAACAUAGAUUCAAUUUAGAAGCUACUGACCUAAUGCUUUGGGAUAGCGAACAUCUAUCAACAAAUAAACAUCCUUCAGAUCAAUCUAACGGAUUAUGUAUGGAUAGUGAAGAACAUUCGCGUAUGCUAGAAAGGGUUAGCCGUUUAGGAAAGGAAUUUGUCCGCCUUUUUAGACAAAGCAUUUUGUUUCGAGAUAUAACAUUAGUCCCAGGACUAGAUUUUCACAUUCAUCUUGUUCGUCUGUUUUUUUUAAACGUCGUCGAUGAGUUGGAUCGUCUCGCUAAUCAAUUAUUACACAACGACCUGUUUUCUGAUGUGACAAUGCUUGAUUUACAACGUAAAACAAAUCAGUGCAAGCAAACUAACAACAAAUUAAUAUACAACGAUACUAGUUGGGAAAAUCAGUUAGAACAAUCACAGUUAAUUGUUGCCAGUGAAGAUAUAGCCAGUCUUCAAGCUGUUCUUCUAGCUACCGAUUCGCAGUUCAAACAAUUAAGAACAGUGUUUUCUAAAUUAGUUUUGGAUAACCGUGAAUUAAUUGAAACUGUCCCAAUUAAGCGGGCUAGUUUAAACACUAAACCAGAUAGCUUGAUCAGCACCGAAGAAGGAUUAGUCAGUGUUACAAUACAGCUGACAAGGGAUAAAAAUCGUCUUAUACGUUUGGAAUCAGUACAGGCAAUUUAUAGUCCAAUCGCUGAACUAUUGGAUCUAAUAGUAUCUGGUCUAUUGCUUGCAUUUCUAUCUAUCUUCCUAUUAAAUAUUUGUGUUUCACACCCAAACAAUUCAGAUUCGUGUUAUUAUGAAUGCUGUUGCUGUUGUUCCACUCUCGUAAAUAAAUCUACUAAUUCUAAAUCAUGUGAAUCACCGAAAUUGGUUACUCAUACCACUUUACCUACAGCUUCAUAUAUUAACUGUAAUACAGAUAGUGGAAGUUCUAGUAAACGUCUGCCAAAACUCAAUACUAUCCCAUAUAGAAAUUACAGUGACUUAAUACCAACCGAUAUUUUACAGAAAAAACCCACAGUGAAUUCAGUUUAUUUGUUUGAUUCACAUCAACAAGAUGGAGUCCCGAUUUCAAAUAAAUGUAUAAUAACAGGAUUACCAAUUACCAGUAAUAAGCCAUGUGCAAAAGGUUUUGGAGAGAAUUGUCGACAUAAUUUCAAUAUGUGUCCAAACGAAUCAACACAAUAUAUAACACACAAUUUACCUACUUUACCGGGAUCUUCAGUGACAUUACCGAAAUGGGACAAUAAAGUUCUUCAAAUUGAUGUGGAUGGUUUUAACUGCAUGGAUGUAUCUGAGCAUUCUACCACUGAAUGUGAAGGUGAACAAUCACAUGCGAACACAAAUCAACAUUAUUCAUGUCAUCAACAACAAUCACUUCCACGACAACAACAACAACAACAACAACAACAGCUAAAUCAUCAACAAAACGGUGUCAACGAAUCCUGUAUUAGUUUUUGUGAUUGUUUGUAUUCCAUAGAAGAUAAUACAAAAACAGAUUCUGCAUCGUGUUUAAAUUCAAGUAAACUUUUAUUUUGUAAUAAUCAUUCAAACACUAUGAGAAACUGUUCUAUUAGAAAACCAACUGAUAUUAAUUAUAGUAAAAAUGAAAUGUUAAAUUGUUUAAUAGUAACACCACAACUACAGGAUACAACAUUUAAUGAAGUUACACCAAAUAUUGUAACAACACAUCAGUUACCAUUCAGUGUUGAUUUACUUCAGUCGUCGCAAUUAAUAGACGAUAAGGCAACACUACCAGUAAACACAUCACAUUAAGAUAGACUGUCUUAGGGAGUACAAAUAUAAUCGGUAUAUCAGAGUUAUGUAUUAGGCACAGUUUUAAUAACAGAUCAGAAUAAUAUUCAUGAUUGUCAAUGUGCAUAAUGUAUAAUCAUGAAACUCAACUUUAUUCAUUUUUCAUUUCUUGAAAGUAUCCCAUUUUAUGUAUCACGGAAAUGUAAUUACUCAAUAAAGCAUUUGAUGUAGAUUUACUAUUCAACUUGUCAUUUGUAUUUUGGAUUCAUACAUUCCCUUCACUAUACACUCAUAAACACAUUAAAGCACAUAGUUAUUCUAAAGCACUUGUUACUUCUCCAAAUAAACAUUCUGUCAAAAAAAUCUUCUAAUCAAUAUGAACACUUUUUUUGAUAGUAAGUGAAAUAAAAAACUUUCAUUUUGUCUUUCACACAAUGACACGAUAUACACUCCUUGUUCAUAAUUUUAUGUCAAUGUUUCACUUCAUCUUACUAAUUUUUUUUACAAAAAAAAAUGAUUUAUUGAAUGUUUUUUAUUUGUAGAUUUUAAAUUAACUAUUCAUUUCCAUUGUAAAAUUCUAUAGAAUGAUAUUUCUAACAUUAUUAAUAAUAUUAAUGUAAUAGACGAACAUUAUUGUGAAACCUGAUAGUGAAAUACAAUUAAAUUUUCAUAAUAUGUCUAA